CUUCCUUUCUCUCCCCUAACCCAAGACCACCGAAGAAUCAGCCAUGGCUCCAGCCAGAGACAGUUCAGCCCCUUCAACCCCCGCCGGAUCGCCGAAGCGGCGAGCUGUCGGCUUGCUGGAGACCAUGUCCUCUCUCUGGGCCCUCUGCGCCAAGCACGCUGUCCGAGCCUCCAGAAAGGUCCGUCUCGAGUCGCCCAGCCCCCGAGCCGCGCUGGCUCGGCCGAAGCAGCUUCUGGCGACGAUAAGCAACAAGGCGAUUCCCUUCAGGCACAGGAAGAAAGCCGACGCAUCCGCCGAGGAGGAGGACGAGUUCGAUCUCCAACUCGACAAGGAAUUCGGCGAGGAACGGGUGUGGCAGAGGACGAUCUUGAUGGGGGACAAAUGCCAGCCGUUGAAUUUCUCCGGCGUGAUCUAUUACGACAGCAACGGGAAACAGGUCACCGAGUUGCCGGCGAGAUCGCCUCGCGCUAGUCCGCUCCCGCGAUACCUUUACACCGCAGCGAACCGCGCGGAGUAGUUCUAGGGUCACCCGUGGGUGUCCUGUUCAGAUCACUCCCCGUUAUAUAGUACAGUAGGCGUAUGAAAUGUUCUCGUUUCUGGUUUCUAUAGUGUCUCGGGUCACCAUAAAUUAGCACCGGUGGAUGGUUUAAGUUUUAAUUCGGAGCCUGAGACUACGAGUCUGGCUCUUUCAAGCUUACCAAUGUACAAAAGUUGUCAAAAUUUUCAGGAAAAUUUCAUAUCAAAACAGUCCAUAAAUGCAUAAUAAAGUCAAUACUCAA